CUCGGAGCAAAUUUUUGGCCCAGCUACAUUAAAAUUUUUCGUGUUAACAUUUCUUUGAAAAUGGGAAAAAUUGAUCUCACUUCUGGUAAGCCGUUCGAAGAAAUUAGCGCAGUAUUUAAUGGGAACGAGAUCAAAAUUCGUGUACCAAAAAGCACCUUUAAGACUCCAAUACUGACACCAUCGCAGGAGAAAAUAAGAAACAUGUGUACAUGCGAGGACAAUGAUUCAGCUUGCUCCGAAACCUGUGGACAACCAGGAAAAAGUGACCAAGGAAAUAAGCUACAUUUUCAGAUUCCCGACGAUAUUUGCGAGGCCCUUACCAACCGAACGCCUUACAACUCGGAGGUUGUAUACAGCAAGAAGGAACACCAUGAUAAUCUGUGCGAUGUAACGCCAAAAGACGCACCAAAAGGGGUCGAAGCGCAUAAGGUACUGCGUCCAGACAAAGACAUUUUUCUGCUGAAAAUUGGCAAGCAGACUGGAGAGCCGAACCGCACUGGAAACAUUGAGGUAGAAUUGAUAACGCCUAAGGCCCCAGCUAAGCCGAAACCAGCCUUGCACUCGUGCAAACAAAUACAAUGUGAGGACCACAGCGUUUGCUGCCCGAUACCCCGCGGUGGAUGUAAAAAGGAUUGCGUGCCAAGAAAGAAACGACCCAAGGUCAACCAACGUGGAAAGAUAUUCCCCUGUUAAAUUCUCAAGAAGUCUGUAUCCGCAUUAAUACAUAUCUAUUUAAAAAUGAA